AUGAGCCAGAACAACAAGGUUGAAGAUCUUCGUUUACCAUUAUCGGUUAUUGGGCGAAUAGUGAAAGACGCACUACCUUCCAAUGCUUCACUCUCGAAGGAUGCACGCAUUGCCAUAUCCCGAGCUGCUGCUGUUUUCGUUGUUCACCUCACUAAUUAUGCCAAUGAUUAUGCAUCUGCUAAGAAACGGAAAACGUUGACAGCUGAAGAUGUCAUGCAAGCCAUCAAGUUAGUAGAUUGUGAAAACAUUGAAAAGCCUUUGAAAGAGGCUAUUGAGUUGUGGAAGUUAGUGAAACUACAAAAAUCAGAGGAAGCCAAGAAAAGAAAGGCUGAGAAAUUAGCGGAGAAACAGAAAGCAGCUGACGAGAGUUUGGAAAUGACGAGUGCUGAUGAGACAGAAGACUCUCAAAUAGAAGAUGAAGAUGAAAUUACGGACACAAUUCCACUACAAGAAGAUUCAGUUAGAGAUAUUGAAGACUUAUAA